AAAAAGCACGCUAAAUUUCUCAUCGCCUCGCACCUCGCUCGCUUUGCCCACCAAACGGGCAGCAACAGUCGCUCGCUCGUCGAUCCUCCCUGCGCGAGCUCGCAAGAAUCGCCCCUCCUGAAUCCUAAGCAGGUCCAGCUUGUAUCUCUCUGAGUCCGCCUUGUUCACAAAAGAAAUACUACCAAGAGUGCUAUCCCAACCACCCUUCAUUUUCCUGAUUCUUUCUUCCCCGAAACCCGAAAGAGAAAGGUGCUGGUUCUCGCAUGAUUCAGCUGUUCGUAGAGCUAUCUUAUUGCAAAACUGAAGUAAAUAGAUCAUCAGACAUAUAUUUUUCCUGAGACACCAGCCGCUACAAUGGCGCACCCAACCUUGCUAGUCAUCCUCAGAUGCCUCACACUGUUAUGCAUCUUGUCACUCGCCGUGACAGCUGAUGACAACUCCACCGCCUCUGGCCAGAUCCGCCUAGAUUGCGGAGCUUCCACCCCAACGGGCCCUGAUGCUGAUAAUCGGACAUGGGACGGUGACAAUAGUUCCAAGUUUGCGCCAUCACUGAAAGGCGUUGCUGUCACUGCAUCAUACCAAGACCCUGGACUACUCUCCACUGUUCCUUACAUGACUGCUCGCAUCUUCACUUCGAAUUACACCUAUUCCUUCCCUGUUAGUCCAGGCCGCAUGUUCAUCCGCCUCUACUUCUAUCCUAGCACUUAUGGCAGCUAUGCUACUGCAAAUGCCUACUUUGGUGUCACAGCCAGCAACAAAGCCAGCAAUCUGGUCCUUCUAGACGACUUCAAUGCUUCCCAAAAUGCUUUCGCACUUACUCUUGCCAGCAUUGUUCUUGAAUACUCCGUAAAUGUUACUUCAGGCAACCUAGACCUCACCUUCGCCCCAUCUACACACCUGAAUGGCUCUUAUGCAUUCGUGAAUGGGAUUGAGAUCGUUCCCACACCUGACCUCUUCACAACACCAACGCCUACACUAGCCAAUGGUGGAAACCCAAAUCCAUUCCCUAUCGAUCCUGCAACUGGGUUCCAAACAAUGUACCGGCUCAAUGUUGGGGGCCAGGCCAUCUCUCCACUAGAUGAUGUUGACUUUUACCGUUCUUGGGAUGGUGACACUCGUUACAUAUAUGCCGCUGCUUCUGGGGUGACCUUUGGGAAAAACAGCAAUGUUACCAUCACGUAUACUCCCAGUGUACCAAAUUACACUGCACCUGUUGAUGUAUAUGCAACAGCACGGUCAAUGGGGCCAAAUGCACAGGUCAACCUGAACUACAACCUUACAUGGACUUUACCAGUUGAUGCGGGGUUCUACUACCUCCUAAGGUUCCAUUUCUGUGAGAUCCAGUAUCCGAUAACCAAGAUUAAUCAGAGGAUGUUCUUCAUCUACAUCAACAACCAGACAGCGCAGCGGCAAAUGGAUGUCAUCCAGAGGAGCGGAGGAAUCGGCAGAACAGCGUACACAGACUAUGUUAUCAUCAUGACUGGUUCUGGUCAGAUGGACUUGUGGGUAGCGCUUCACCCUGAUCUUUCGACGAAACCAGAGUAUUAUGAUGCAAUAUUGAAUGGUCUUGAGGUCUUCAAGCUUCAGAAUAAUGGAAAUAACAGUCUUGCCGGGCUCAACCGUCCCCUUCCAGCAUCGCCUGAUGUGGGACCUAAUGGGGCAUCUGGUGGAAGAAAACCAAAGAGCGCUGUCCCAGCAGCGAUCGGUGGAGCUGUUGGUGGCUUUGCUGUGCUAUUCAUUGCCUGUAUUGGUGUGUGCAUCAUCUGCAGACGAAAGAAGGAAGCUAAGGAUUCUGGAAAAUCUGAUGAUGGUCGCUGGACUCCUCUUCCUCAUGACAGCAAGUCACGAUCAAACAUCUCAGGAAAGACGACCACCACCGGGAGCCGCACAUCAACACUGCCGUCUAAUCUUUGCCGUCAUUUCUCAUUCGGUGAAAUCCAGGCUGCCACCAAUAAUUUUGAUCAAGCCUUCCUCCUUGGCAAAGGUGGGUUUGGGAAUGUGUACCUUGGGGAGAUAGAUAGUGGGACAAAGGUAGCAAUCAAGCGUGGCAACCCAAUGUCUGAGCAGGGCGUUCACGAGUUCCAGACUGAGAUUGAGAUGUUGUCGAAGCUCCGCCACCGCCACCUUGUGUCCUUGAUUGGGUAUUGUGAGGAUAUGAAUGAGAUGAUUCUGGUGUAUGACUACAUGGCCCAUGGAACCCUUAGGGAGCACUUGUACAACAACAACAAACCACCACUCUCAUGGAAGCAGCGGCUCGAGAUCUGCAUUGGCGCGGCUCAGGGGCUGCAUUACCUGCAUACAGGUGCAAAGCAGACCAUCAUCCACCGAGACGUCAAGACCACCAACAUAUUGCUGGAUGAGAAGUGGAUAGCCAAGGUUUCCGACUUUGGGCUGUCGAAGACUGGUCCAAAUGUCGAUAACACCCAUGUGAGCACGGUUGUGAAGGGAAGCUUCGGCUACCUUGAUCCUGAGUACUUCCGGCGGCAACAGCUCACUGAGAAAUCUGAUGUCUACUCUUUUGGAGUUGUUCUGUUUGAAAUCCUCUGCGCACGCCCUGCCCUGAGCCCCUCACUUCCAAAGGAGCAAGUGAGCCUUGCCGAUUGGGCAUUGCAUUGCCAGAAGAAAGGCAUGCUUGACCAGAUCAUCGACCCACAUCUCCAAGGGAAAAUUGCUCCCCAAUGCUUCACGAAAUUUGCAGAGACGGCAGAGAAAUGUGUGGCUGAUCACAGCAUUGACAGGCCGUCUAUGGGCGAUGUUCUUUGGAACCUUAAUUUUGCACUCCAGCUGCAAGAGAGUGCAGAGGACAAUAGCAGCCUCACCGAGGGGACAUCAUCAAAUACAUCGCCACUUAUUGUGCCCAGGCUUCACUCAGACGAAGCACCGACAGACACAACCACUACCACAUCAACCACAAUGAGCAUCACAGGACGGAGCAUCACAAGUACACAAUCGGAAGGCCUGACCCCAAGCAGCGUCUUCUCACAGCUCAUGAAUCCAGGUGGCAGAUGAAACCGAACUGGAAGCUAGAAUUGCAGUUAAUCUCUUCAGGUUCGCAACGUAUCUUCGUACAGUUUUGUGGUAGAUAUAGCCCAUAUAUAGUUAUCCUAUAUCUAAAAAAUGUAAUUAUCCUAUAUACAUGUUCUGCUGAUCUUGUAAUGAGUCAUUUAGGACUCUAUAUAUGCGUCCUCUGCCAGAUACCAGUUUUUGUUUUUGGUCGAAAUCACUGUAACUGUGUAGGUAUUGCCAAGCUACUGGAGUUAUAGUUGUCACUUCCAGAUCAAUUUGUAAUUCUUGACAUAUGCAUGCAAGCUGCAGAUGGAAUUGGCUACUA